GUUUUUGUAUGUGACCAGACAAUAGCGAGUAGUACAGUCAAAAGCGUUACGGUCAUGGUUUUGAACCAAUAGCCUCUCGAAAAGUAGCCAAGUCAUGUCACCUCUCUCUCUCUCUCUCCCGCUGCGCUGCAGUGCCUACUGCCUACUGCCUGCACACACACUUUCAUACACGAGUCCGUGUCUACUUUCCGCGCAAACAGGUGUUUUUAAUCAUUAUAGACCCUUCCUCCAAUCCUAGUCCCCUCCUAAUUCCUCCCUUUCCUGCUUCAAUUCCCAACUCCAUUCCCUUUUUUCCUUUUCCGAAACUAAACCCACACUCCCUCUCCCUCUCCCCAAACCUCUGCUACCUUCUUCCUCUCUCCCUCUCCUUGUUUUUGUUUUCUAGUAUGAGGUGAGGAACAUGGAAUACCUAAGAAGAAUCACUGUUUCUCCUCACCACAUCCACAUCCACAUCCACAUGAAUCAUUGAAUAUUGGUUUUAAUUGAUUAAUUAAUUUGGGAUGGAUGAGCAUCUCUACGCAUCGAUCUCGCCCUUCCAUUAUUCAUCUUUCGACAGUGAUGAAAGUGAGGAGCAAGACCUAAUCAAGGCACGGAUCGCUAAUCACCCCCUUUAUCCCGCCUUGCUCUCCUCCUACAUCGACUGCACCAAGGUGGGGGCGCCUCCAGAAAUGGCGUCGCUUCUCGACCAGAUCAGCAAACAAGACCAUCCUAUAUUCAUCGCGACGCAGAUUGGGACUGAUCCUGAGCUCGAUUACUUUAUGAGAUCAUACUGCGACGCUCUGCGCAAAUAUAAGGAGGAAUUGUCGAAGCCGAUAGAUGAGGCGAGGAGUUUCUUGAGCAGCAUCGGAUCUCAGCUCACUCAUCUUUGCAAACAAACCCUACCUUCUUCAACCACUUCUCAUCAUUCUACUGAUGAGGAAAUGAGGUGCGGAGAAGAGGUGGGAGUUGAGUUGAAAGAGAUGGUGAUGCGGAAAUACAGCGGGUACGUGAGCAGUUUGAGGAAGGAGAUGGCGAAGAAGCGGAAAAAGGGGAAACUGCCCAAGGAUGCGAUUUCCGCUCUAUUCCAGUGGUGGAACACUCACUACAGGUGGCCUUACCCCACCGAAGACGACAAGAAGAGGCUGUCGGAGACGACGGGCCUCGACCACAAGCAGAUCAACAACUGGUUCAUCAACCAGCGCAAGCGCCACUGGCGCCCCUCCCACGACAUGAGCUUCGCCCUCAUCCAAGGCGUCGCCCCUCACGCCCACGCCCACGCCUCUUUCAAUGAUGCUAUUUUGUAAGCAUUCUUUUUUCGUUUUUCUCUUUUUUAAUUUGCUUGGGUGCGGCUCUAUGUAUCUAAAACCUCUUUAUUUUUGCCUUACAUCUAUCUAUCUUCUAUUUUGAAAU